AUGAAAUCCUUCACCAUUUCCAGCGGUCUUUUUGCUGUUGUUUUCAGCGGGCUGCUUCAGAAUGCCGUCACGGCGCCUGUUGGGUCUGCGGGAGCGGAGCUUGAGUCAACUCCAGAGUAUAAGUUAACUUUGGAAGAGAUGAAGGAGUUUCUCAAGACUUUGAAUCCUUUACAUGGUGUCAUCGUGCAACCCCCCAAAACAGCCGAGACUGGCCCAACCAACAAGACAAGGUCUAUUGUAGACGAUACCCGUUUCCCGCUGAACCCGCAUGAAGACAAAGAGGCAACUGCAAGAGAAAAGAAUGAGCAAGAAGUAGCCACUGCCUUGGCCGCUAUUGGGGUGGUCGCGGUUCGUCCUGACGAGGGCAAAGAUAAGCCCCUGAACGAGACUGCUUUGUUGGAUGGAAAUGAUAUUGCAGCGGCGAAGGCGCAUGGUAUGCAACCUGUUGGGACGAUGGUGAACGGAGAGCGUGUUCGUAGUUGGUAA